AUGCGUGCUUCUGGAGCACUAAAAUUUGCUGCAAUAGAGAUAAAUCAAUAUCCCAUUGCAUUGCAACUUCGCUACUUGCAGGCUCUAAGCUCCAUUACUUCAGGAAAACAAUCAACCAUAGUCUUUCCCGUUCCCCUUGAAAUGGCAAAGUUCUUCCGCAAUGCCUCAGGGCCAAAUCAAGAUCCCGGAAGCUCUUUUCUUCUUAAAGCUAGUCGGAUCUCUAAAAGAAGUUCACGAAACAUCGCUUUACCUUCAGGCAUAAAGGAUUGCAAGGUGAUCAAGAGAAGAAGAAGCAAAGAGAAUAGAGUGGAGGAAAGCAAUGAGAAGAUUUCUGAUAUUAGUGGGGGCCAAGAGGAUGAAGAGGAAACUUAUAGUUUAGAGGAUGCUAACAUAGAGAACACAAAUAAUCUUUCAGCGGAUUAUGAAGAUCGAAAUGGAGAGGAGGAUGAUCUUUCUGAACAACUACUAGCGACCGGAAUUAGCCUGCGAUCAGGAACUAGAUAUCAAGCAAGGGCUUCAGCUGCUUCUCAUAAACGACCUAUCAGACGACACAAAGUUCGACAUUUCAGUGCUCAAAAAAAGAAACCUGUCUGGCAACCAACUACAAAAGCCCCCCCACCAGUUGUAUUGCUCAACCCUGCCAAUAGUCCUUUUAUUACAAGAACUAAUGGAUGCAGAGCUAAA